AUGAAACCACCUCUAGGUUAUCCUUGUCCUUCUAGCAAAGUCUGUCUCAUUCGCAGGGUACUUUAUGGUCUUAAGCAAGCUCCUCGUGAAUGGUUUGACAAGUUCAACACCAUUAUUUGCAAUCUCGGUUUCACUUGCAGCCCUCAUGAGAAUGCACUUUUUAUUCGUCGAAGUGAACGUGGAGUUGUUCUUCUACUUGUGUAUGUUGAUGACAUAAUCAUUACUGGAGAUUAUAUUGAUGGUAUCUCUGAUCUCAAAGCUUCCCUUCACCGUACCUUUGUGAUGAAAGAUCUUGGUUCUCUCGGUUAUUUUCUUGGUCUCGAGGUCAUAUCCACAGAUGAUGGCAUCUAUCUCUGUCAGGCUAAGUAUGCUUCAAAUCUUCUUGCUCACGCCAGAAUUACAAAUAGUUGCACUGAGUCUACUCCCCUUGAGCCCAAUGUUCGAUUUAUCCCUAUGGAUGUCACUGUUUUGGAUAAUCCUACUCUCUAUCGACAGUUAGUUGGAGGUCUUAUCUACUUGACUUUCACCCGACCAGACAUCGCCUAUCCUGUUUAUGUACUUAGCCAGUUCUUGUCAACUCCUCGUACUACUCACUAUGCGACAGUUCUUCGCUACAUCAAAGACACCCUAUUUUAUGGCCUUUAUUUUUCUGCCCAUUCAUCUUUGUCCCUUCAGGCAUACUCCGAUAUUGAUUGGACUGGUGAUCCCACUGAUCGUCGUUCUACUACUGGUUACUGUUUGUUUCUUGGCGACGCUCUCAUUUCUUGGCAUGCUAAGAAGCAAAUGUUCACUGCUCGAUCAAGCACAAAAGUUGAAUACCGUGCUCUCGCUGAUACCACUACUGAGGUUGUCUCAAUUUGUUGGCUUCUCAAAAAUUUGGGUGCUCCUCAAUUGUCUGCUACUGAUAUUUUUUGUGACAACCGCAGUUCUAUUCAGAUUGUCCAUAAUAAUGUAUUUCAUGAACGCACAAAACACAUUGAGAUUGAUUGUCACUUUGUUCGGCAACGUAUUCUUAUUGAUGCUAUUCGUCUCAUCACUGUUGGAACACUGGAUCAGACUGCUGAUAUCUUCACGAAAGUUCAUCAUCCGACUUGUUUCCGAACUCUGUUAUCCAAACUCAAGAUGGUAUCCUUAGCUCCCACUUGA